AUGUCGCUACUUUUAUGUCUCCGAUCGCUCUCCUCCUAUGUUGUCUAUCGCUUUCCGCGUCCCCCACGCUUCGCCCCACCGUCGCCCACGCUUCCUCCCGCUGUCGCUCACACUUCAUUCCGUCGUUGCCCAUGCUCCCCCUCCCGUCACCACCUUCACCGUCGCCCUCGCUUUCCCCCACUGUCGCUUACGCUCCCACCCAUCGUCGCUCACGCUUCCCCCUACCUUCUCCCACGCUUCCCCUCUCAUCAGCCACGCUUCCUCCCACCGUCGUCCUCUUCCUCCCACCGUCGACCUCCCUUCUCUCCCACCUCUCUCCACGUCGUCAUCACUCCCCUGCCUAUCACGUUCCCCCUCUUCACCGUCGCGUCUCCACCCUCUCAUCCCUUCCCAUCGCAUUUAGGGUCGUCGUUGUACUCCUUCCCUAUUACCACCUUCUCUACUCCGACCAUCGCCCAUGGUGACCACCCCACCCUUGCACCCUUAUUUCCUUCUUCUCAUUCUCCCUCCCCAUCAGCCUCUCACCCACCCUGGGCGGGGAGGUAUGGCGGGCUGGGCUGGGAGCUGGGAAAGGGGUCGUGGCUCGUUCGCUGUGGGGUGUGGAAGGGUGGUGAUGAGGCUUUGGAGCAGAGUGUUGGGGGCACAGCCAGGGCAGCGCGCGCAGGCGGGCAGCAAGGAGUGCAGUGCUGCAGGGGGCGGGUUAGGGGAGCGGGGGAGGCGGGGAUGAGGGAGAGAGGCCGUCCUCCCCUCCCUCUCCCUUCCUCCCUUCCUCCAUCUCUUUGCCUCACUACCCUCUUUACCCUCUCUGUUGUCCGUCCUCCCUUCCUCCCGUCCUCCCUUCCUCCCGUCCUCCAUCUCAUCCGCCCAUCAUCUCAUCCCCCCAUCAUCUCAUCCCCCCAUCAUCUCAUCCCCCCCAUCAUCUCAUCCGCCCAUCAUCUCAUCCCCCCAUCAUCUCAUCCGCCCAUCAUCUCAUCCCCCCAUCAUCUCAUCCCCCCAUCAUCUCAUCCCCCCAUCAUCACAUCCCCCCAUCAUCUCAUCCGCCCAUCAUCUCAUCCCCCCAUCAUCUCAUCCGCCCAUCAUCUCAUCCCCCCAUCAUCUCACCCCCCCAUCUUCUCAUCCCCCCAUCAUCUCAUCCGCCCAUCAUCUCAUCCGCCCAUCAUCUCAUCCCCCCAUCAUCUCAUCCCCCCAUCAUCUCAUCCCCCCAUCAUCUCAUCCCCCCAUCAUCUCAUCCGCCCAUCAUCUCAUCCCCCCAUCAUCUCAUCCGCCCAUCAUCUCAUCCGCCCUUCCUCCGUGUCUCCCUUGCUCAUUUUCUGCCUCCGUGCAUUCUUUGUUCCCCACCGUGCAUCAGAGUUUGUGGUUCGUGUCUAUGCAGGUCUGCCAUGCAUCCAGUCGUGA